AUGGCUGUAUCUUCAUGGAGGUCCGAUGGCUUUGGGGGCUUGACCCCUCAUCAACUCGAGCUAUUGUAUGAGCCCAUCAUUCUUGAGGCCGCAUUGCAAAAGGCUGGAUCCCUGCCUACCUAUACCCAGGAGAGCCAGUCAUCCCAAGGAUAUAAAGCUGAUAUGCCCGACCUGAAAGCAUUCCAGUUCUUCGUUAACAAACUAGCUCAAGUAUGCGACAACGAACGCGGCGGCGACACAAUCACUGCCCUUGCAGUCCUUCAAGGCUCACGCGGACCGCACUAUGUCUUGGGAUCUAACGCCAAAGACGCAAGAGCAUUGGAAACCACGAAGAACUUUGUUAAGGAAUUAUUGGGUCUCGUGGGGGAAAACCCAGAAGAUCUUAAGACCACGGCGUUGGGAAAGCGCGCGCUUUGGUUCAUACUAUCAUUUAAUAUUGCACGACUGCGAGAGUACUUACAGUAUUUGGGCAUGGCAGUACAAGAGUGCCUAGAAAGCUGUAGAAGAAAAGAGGAAGACGAAGGUAGGUCCCAUCUCAAAGCCCCUGCGGCUAAGUACCUGCCUGCUGAACCUCCCGAGAAAUGCAAAUUCACACUCGACACCAUAACCUCCAACGCUGAAAAGAAGUCGAUCAGCGACUGUGAAACACUGAUCAAGGCAAUCAAAAGUCCAGGUCAGAUUGCAAUCGAUCCCUUGAUAUCGCAGAGGGCGAAAGACGGAGAAAUCACAAGAUCUGAGCCAUGGUGCAAACUUCGACACUUUCUCGGCCGAUGGCUGUCCUACCGCCAGGCGGCUCUUGGUAUCGUCGCAGUCUCUGAAAGAUGGCCCGAGUUGUUCCAAGAUUUCGAGAUCACCAUGCUACCAUCUGGCUCUCGCCUCCCAAACCCGAUCCUAAGAUCGGACCUCACAAGCUCGAUCAUCGUACAGCACAUCAUCGCGGAAGAGAAAACCCAAGACCUACAGCUAUCGCAAAUAGCCGAUGGCCUGCAACAACUUGGAGUUGACGAUGUUAUUCGACAGUUUCACAAUUCGAGGAAAUUCAAACCGGUAUUACAUGCGGAGCCUCUGGUGAACAAACAUCUUAUAGAAACCGGACAGACUAGUGCAGAAUGCUACUGGAACCGGUGGAACUACAUCGGCAGCAGUAAGCCGACGUGUCGGCUUUGCCACUAUUAUUUCGAAUCCCUCCAGGGCGAAAAGCCAACUGUUCGCCCGUCUCACGACAACCUGUAUCGGAAUUGGCGACUUCCUGAUUUCCGCGACGAUGAAGGCCUGACCCAAGCUCGAGAUGAGCUUUUAAUGAAGAUUGCGCAAAAGAUGAGAACGGAUGUUAUGGAAGCGUUAAGAGAGAAGAGGAUUAAAUCGAAAGCAAGAGACUCAAACACGUAUUCGUCUGUUCCAGAAAUUCUGAGAAUCAACGACACUAGUACUGCCUCUGAGGAGGAUUCGGGUCAAGAAUCGAAUGCUUCCACAGUUCCGGAUGAUGAGAGCAUGGAGUCACUGGAACGUUCAACCAGUGCCGUUAGUUUGGGAGAUGGAGAUGAAUGA